AUGAAUGAUAAGAAAGAAAAUUGUACUGAUAUAUGUAAAAUGCACUCAUCCAGGAUAGAGCGAGAUUUAUACAAAGUUUGUCCAUCAAAAUUGAGUAAGAGAGAAUUGGAGGAUAUGUACUUUGCACUGGUUGGGAAUAAUAUUGAGUUAAAGAAGACUGUAAAUGGGCAGAAAGAACAAAUCAAACUCUUGAAUACUAAAGUGCAGAGAAUGUUAACCCAAAGACCGGCCAAUAACCGUGACAUGAAAGAAUGCUGCACCCAUAAUAGAGCUAUUAUUAAUGAUCAGAAAGAAAUGAUAGCAGACUUAAAACGAACUAAUGACCGCUUAACAGAGAGAAUCCGUAUACUUAACAUGAGACUAUGCUCUGCCAAACAGUUCCUUAAAAAGGGUGUUCUCCCAGGAUGUGCAAGAUGUUCUAAUUGUUCCAGCGGUAUGCCUGUUUCUAAUAAAAAUUCUUCAAGUGCUCUUAACAUAAAAACUAUUGAUGACAACAUUGUGAAAUCAGCAACUGCUUCAUGCCAGUAUCUUGCAAAGCAGAUGGAAGAUUCCUGUGAUCAGAAAACAUGUCGGUCAAUCAUAGAGGAGUUGAAAGACAAAACCAUUAGUUUACAACAGGAGUUGUCACAAACGCAUGAUGAAUAUAUUUCUCGUAUUAAGCGUUUAGAAGAAGAAGUUUCACGACUUAAUCAAGAGAAUUUACGUGUUAGGACUGUUUCAACUUCUAGCGAGAACCGUAUGGAGCAACAGAAGGGAGAAAUUUUAGAUCUGUUGCAAAAGCUAAGGAAGUGCGAAGCUCAGUGUGAACAACUCGCGGUUCAGUUGAAAAUAGAGAAAAGCCGCGCUGCUGAACUAGAAAUGCGCGCUAAGGCCGCCGAUAUGUCGUCGGACAUCGCAAAUGCGAUUGAAAAACAUUUAGCUAAUAUAAAUUACCAUUGUCAGUUUCAACUGAUCGUCCCGAAUAACUCCGUGGCUUCUCAAACAGAUAAAUCCGAUAUCAGUUCUGAGAGAACUACCAGGACUUCUGAUGACUCAGGCUACACUGACACUAACAGGAGUAGCGCAUCAUGUGAAGUUAGUAAACUAUUACUUAAUAUGAGUCCCACGGAAUCUCCCAAGAAGGAUAUCAUUGUUAUGAAUAAGAUUGCCGAACUUCAAGCUCAGCUUGACAACUUAAAGCAAUCGGUAACCGAAAACUGUGAGGAAUAUGACGAAAAUGACCAAAGGAGGAAAUCUCGCUUACAAAGAAAACCUGUUCCAUCUAGUAGUAAAGAUAACGAAGCCGUCAAUUGCCUCCCGCCACCAAUGCCGGGUGAUUCUGAUUAUUUAAUCCGAACGAAUCGCUUAAAUUCUUCUAAAAGCACACACGAAUGGUGUAAAGAAUACGAAAAGAGCGACGCAGACUCAUCUAUCGCUGAAUAUGGUAAUGGUAUAAAAGAAAAAGAUGGACAAAAUUCGAAACUCAACAAUAGAAAAUUAAGUAUUAUGGACAAUUCAGAACAAGAUUACAAUAAUAUUCCAGAUAGUGCUAAACCAUACGCACAAAAACGUGGAACAAUUUGUGCGCCCAACAUAUUAAACAAUGUACCCACACUCGAUCUUAGAAACAUUAAUGAAACAAAGGAAAUUAGUAAAACGUAUAGAAAAACUAGUUCUCUAGAUGGAAUUGAUCAAACGCCAAGUAAAGUAAUUGCCAAUCUAAACGUUAGUGAAUCUAACGACAGUUUUAACUUUACUAAAGAAACGAUCACUAAAGUCGAUGGAGUAUUGAUCACGGAAUCAAUACAUCAAAUUGACAGUGAAUCUAGUGUGGAUGUAAAUGUUGAUAACCCUCUACCCAGAGACGCUAUUGAAUCGAAUAAUUAUAUAGCUGAUAAUUUAUCCGAUGUUAUUAAGAAAACUGUAACAACUACAACCAACAAUGAUCCAAAACCAUUUUUAGAGCAAAAAACCGUAUCGACUAAUACUGGUCCGUUAGAUGCCUUAAAAGACACGCCACAGACAGAUAAAUUUAAAGAUGCUUUUUCUUUCACGGAUGAAGCAAAUCCAUUAGUAUUGCUGGAAAACAAUCGAUUGGAUAUUUGUGAACAAUCAGUUCGUGUGUGCACUUGUCCUAUAUCGUCACGACGUGCUAUGUCAAUGUUCCGGUCUUGCAGCGGCACAUUGCGCUUCACAACCACAGCCUCCAAAAGCAAAUUUCGAAAAUGUAGCUGUGGUGAUAAUCGCGUCCCUUGUGCUACUCGAGAGUUGGAAGAUGUUCACAACUCCGGCACAUACAACAUCAACCGCACAUCAACACCUAUACGAGGAACCUAUGUAUUGCAAGGUGAAGCAACAGUGGAUGUGAUGUCGCCAGAGAACACCCAUCGUGAGAUGUCGUCGCUUUCUGAUCUACCUACGGAAAGAGAAAGACUUGAACUGGCAUCGUCAGCGUUCCGUGCUGUUGCUCUACCGCCCUACUCUUGUUUUAGUUUCCUGUGCGUAUACGUCGCCAGGUGA